GGAGGAAGAGAGAAAAAGAAUUGAUAGAAAUUGGACGAUCGUAAAAACUUCGCUAUCACGAAUUAUUUGAAUUCCGAAUCCAUGACGAAUGAAGGAUGGAGAAUUAUUAUUUAAACUCGCCUUCGAAGCAACGAGAAAUUGGAGGAACGUGUGUGUCCGAUGUGUGUCCCAAAAAUGAUACUGUUCAACAUGUGUCACGAAACAUGCAAGAUGCGGUGUCGUAUUUAAAACGAAAAGGGAUUCACGACAUCAUCGAUUCUCUGCUCGGCGAGCUUCUGCUACGUCGACCCCAUGAUCCUUAUGAAUAUCUGAUCCAACUCCUACAUAGACGUAUUUUGACUCGCGACGGCCUCGUUGAUUCUCCUCCUCCUUUCUGCUCCCGAGAUAUAAUAAGACAGGCGAAACAAGCAAAUUACUGGAAUCUGCUUACAUUACUGGAAUCAACCAAUGGAGUGAAGAAAUCUUGAGCCAAAAAAAACGAUGCUUAUAAAAAAUACAUCUCAAAAGCAUAUAAAUAAAACUUAUAAU